AAAUAUUUUAAUUCUUAAAGUUACAUAAAAGACUGCAAGAAUAUAAUGUUAUUUAAAAUAGUAUUUUAGCACCCAUGUGCUAUAAUCAUACUUAGAUUCUCAGGUUUUUUACAUGAGAUUUCAUCUUCAGGUGAAUAACAGUUCUGUGACUAUACUUAGAAAGCCCGUUUAUCCCUGUAAUUGAAUAGGUUAAAAGACCAACUGUCUUAUUCAAUGUAAGCUUUUGUGAGUUGUGUCCUUAUAUAAGUCAAACCUAUAUGAACUUUAUACGAGAAAACCUAUGGGCACCCAAACAUACAUAAAUAAUUUGGUAAAUAAGGUUCGAGAGGAGAUUAUUACCAUUUCGGCACAAGAUUACUCGUGUUUCACAGUAAACCCCACCUGUCUAUAAGGGAGUUAGGAAAAUCUGGGAGGCCAAUGAGCCGGUUUCCUCGCCCGAAAAAUAAAUAUCAAUUUGUUGCUUAGCUACCCUAAUUACACGUCGGUCCGCAUCGGCAGACAUCCUUCUAAUCGCCCCAUAUUAUGGAGUGCAAUAAUGCAUUAGGUCUUCCGAUUUUUUGCUAUUUGGGGACUUCGAUUUUCCAGCUCUGCGAGCUCUGAGCCGGAUAAAUGGGGUUCUGGCAUUCAUUUGGAGGAGUCGACACAGUUUUGCAGGCAAAACGACUAUUUGGCCAACAAAAAAUAACGAGCCAGCCAUUAAAAAUUUGCCAAACUCAGCAGAAGCGGAGGAAGUAGAACUAAUGGCGAGUGGAAGAGGAGGAGCGAUGGGGCCAUGCAAUUCAUUAAUUUAUUGACUUAUAAUCAAGCCAGCCCGAAACUUAUGCCCAGAGGCAGAGCCGGAUAAAUAUCCAUUUAUCACAUAAAUAGAAUGCUAACAGCAGUGAAUCCUUGGUGGUUUUCUGUUUUCCUCGGACCGAACUUAUACUUUCGCCUUUCUAGCCUGGCUGCUGCGGUUGGCUUUGCCAAAUAAAGCAAGGAAUAAGUUAAAACAUACGUUCUCUGCGGUCUGACUCGGUGAAAUAGAAACAAAAAUCCUGGGCCAGGGGCGGGAAAAGACAGUCACGUCCGUGCUACUCGUCCCCUCCUCCGGUGGCAAUGUGGUAUGCAAAUUCAACCGAGAAGACUUCAUAAAAGCAAUGCAAAUAAUUAAAUAACAGAGCGGGAACAAACAGCACGGAGCAGCAGCAGCUUGACAUGCUACUUGGGCUGGCGAAACUUGGAUUAACUAGCUGCGAGGAAAUAAAUACGAGAUACGAAACACAAACUCCGAGAUCCGCAAUCCGAAAUCAAAUCCCAAACCAAUCCAAGUUCCGCCCAGGUGCGACCGCCGACAGAUGCCCUCGCCCAAUAAAAUGUCCUGGCGGGAAAAGGAGUGCCCCGCAGGACGAGGGGCGGCCAUCCUGGCCGGGAGAAGUCCGGGAACCGCCAGCAUACUGUUGGCGUUUCUGGCAGCUGUCAGCUUUCGUGGCAUGCGAGCGCCGCUGGCAGCCACGGCCACUCCGAUGGAGAACGCAUCGCUAAUUGCCCCGCCGGCGACGGGGACAACCACAAUGGCGGUGGACACGGGCCCAGGAUCGACGGAACCCCCUGUCCUGAUGCUGGGCGACGCGCGGCAGGAGGAGGAGGACACCACGGUGGUGGAUUCUUGGAGCGACAGGCCCGACACGGCCACGCUGACAAAGGGCUUCUCGAUUCCCACGUAUUUGCCGCCCUUUCCGGACUUCAUCCCCGCCGACCUGCCGCACCUGCAGCGGAAUGCCUCGUCUCGAGCCGCGCAUCCUGCAGACAGCAGCAACAUCAACAGCCCAUCCGGCAGUCCGGUGCCGCCUAACGAGCAAUCCCGUCUGCACGCCUACGACAGCGAACAAAAGGCCCAGCAGCUGCGCCGCGAGAAGGAGCUGGCCAAGGAGCGGGAGCUCCUGCCCCGCCGCCAGCUCAGCCUGCCGCCGCUGAACGCCACCGUCCAAGCUGGCCAGCACGCCUAUCUGCCCUGCAAGCUUAACCAGCACUCCGGUAAGCCGCUCUCCUGGGUUCGUUUGCGGGAUGAACAUAUCAUUGCGGUGGAUCACACAACCUUCAUCAACGAUGCCCGGUUCGCAUCUCUGCUCCAGUCGUCCACCUCGACGACAAUUGUAUCAGGGGCUCCUCCUGCGUCCGCGGAGACCCCCACGGCUUUCUCGGGAAACGGCUCCGCCCACGGGGGUCCGGGAAGUCAGGAGAGGGGCAACGGCAGCAGCCUCAGCUGGACGCUGCAAAUCAAAUAUGUGAAGCUCGAGGACGCCGGCUGGUACGAGUGCCAGCUGGCAACGGAGCCAAAAAUGAGCGCCAAGGUGCAGCUGUUUGUGAUAACACCCCGAACCGAGCUAAUCGGCGAUCGGCAGCGCUUUGUGAAAGCCGGCAGCAAGGUGGAGCUGCACUGCAUCGUGCGAGGCACCCUGGAGGCCCCCAAAUACAUAUUCUGGUACCGAGGCGACCAACAAGUAACUGCCGAAAACGAGGCCAACGGUGCCCAGAGCGGAUGGUACACGCAAAUAGACAGGAAUAUCUUCGGCAGCACCGAGCAUAAUCGGAACACGAUUGGCUCGCUGGUCAUCCCGCUGGUGCGCAAGGUUCACUCCGGCAACUACACGUGUGAACCGGAGAACAGUGCGGCAGUUUCCAUGCAAUUGCACGUCUUGAGCGGGGAAUACUCCGCCUCUGCCAUAAAGUCGACUGCUGCCAACCUCCAUAGACUGGGCCACGGAUACAGUCUCCACCAGUGGCUAAUCUUCCUUCUGGUGGCCCUGAACAAAACAUGAGUGGUUCUAGAGGAAAUCCUAUCAUGGAGUGCGCUGGAAUUAUUAUCCGAUCGGGGUGUUUCGUCUAAGACAUUAGUUUAAUUUCUAGGUAAAUUGCACUUACACUCAAACGAUGAUAUGGUUUAUUCUGCUGACACUUCUUAAAGUCUAAGCUCAACUUUCCGAAUAUAAACAACAUUUUUAUACAAAUUCUAGACUUAACAAUGUUUUCCUUUACUCUAGCAAUUAGAUCUAGUUCAAUAAGAAUUAUCAUAAGCAUCUAAAUCCGAGUAACGAACAUUUAUUUGUUAUUUGCGUAAAU